AUGCCUUUCUCUAUUUUCUCUCAUCCUCGUCCGCCGGCGCCGCCGCAGCUGGCGUCCCCGACGAUUGCUGCUUUCUCUUCGACCAGUUUUUUGGCACAGAGAAGAUUCGCACGUACGAUUGCCAAGGCUUCUGAAGAUGACGAUAGCAAACCAGCUUUCAAUCCGUUCGGAUUUGUCACUGAUAAUCCGUCGAGCCGCAGCGCCAUUCAGCUACCCGAAUCCCCCGCCGAGGACGGGAAUGUCGGGCAAAUGCUCUACUUUCUUCCCUUUGCAGGGUCGCCCGAGAGCAGGCGUGGAACCAUUGUGUUUCUCCAUGGAGCCCCAACACAGUCCUACAGUUACCGGGUCGUUAUGUCUCAGAUGGCAGAAGCUGGGUUUCAUUGCUUAGCACCUGACUGGAUAGGAUUUGGGUUUAGUGAAAAGCCUCAGGCUGGAUAUGGAUUUGACUACACAGAGAAGGAAUUCCACGAAGUAUUUGACAAGUUACUGGAUACUCUUAGGAUAAAUUCUCCUUUUUCUCUUGUAGUUCAGGGAUUUCUGGUUGGAUCCUAUGGAAUGACUUGGGCUUUGAAAAAUCAAAGCAAAAUAACAAAGCUUGCAAUCCUGAAUACCCCAUUGACCAACUCAUCCCCACUUCCUGGACUAUUUCAACAACUCAGGAUACCUCUUCUUGGUGAAUUUACUUGCCAGAAUGCAGUUAUGGCUGAGCGUUUCAUUGAAGCAGGUAGCGCCUAUGUCUUGAAGCUAGAGAAGGCAGAUGUGUAUCGUUUGCCAUACUUAUCCAGCAGUGGACCAGGAUUUGCUCUUCUUGAGGCUACAAAACGAGCCAACUUCAAGGAUAUCAAUAGCAGAAUAUCAGCUGGGUUUGCAUCUGGAAGCUGGGACAAACCAAUAUUGGUCGCAUGGGGAAUAUCAGAUAAAUAUCUUCCCCAGUCAGUGGCGGAAGAAUUUCGGAAAAGGAAUCCCGAUUCAAUAAAGCUUAAAUUGAUUGAAGGUGCUGGCCACAUGCCACAGGAGGACUGGCCAGAAAAAGUCGUUGAUGCCUUGAGACUAUUCUUCUGA